ACUGUAGGCACAUUCUUGUCCCCCCGAGGGCUGGCUGUGGAUGCCUUUGGCCACUUCCUGGUGACAGACUACUUGCCUGGAACUGUGCACAGCUUCAUGUUGGGACCAACUUGGGAGACCCUGGCUCCAGCCUCUAUGCUAGGUCUGGAGGGCCCCUGUUGGGUAGGUCCAGGGCCUGAUGGGGGCCUUGCUGUGAGUGAAGAGUUUGGGGAUGUGCAGCUGUUUGGCAGUGCCCACCAGCGUCUGGGCUCCCUGGGAACCUUGACUGGGCAUAGCUUUGGCCAUCCAGCGGGUGUGUGCUCUGACUCGGAGGGUAGCAUUCUUGUGGCUGAUGAGCAGAAGCACCAGGUAACCCUGUUUCCCCGGGUUGGGCCACCCAUCUGCUUGCAGUUGGAGGGACUGGAGAGGCCCUUGGGUAUGGCCUGUGCUCCCCAGGGCCAACUGGUGGUGGCAGAUGCAGGGGACAGCUGCAUCAAGGUGUACCAGUAUCUUGGGGAGAUGGCCUGAGGGUAGGCUCUGGGGAGAAUAGCCCCUUGCUAUGACUGGCCAGCCCUGAGUCCUUUGUAUUAUCCUGGAAGUUUGGUGGGCUCCUGGGGGGAUGCUGAGCCUGCUCUGACACCUGGCCUUAGCUGGCCUUCUGAUUUCCUCUUGGUAAGUGCUCCUGUCUACUCCGCAGCCAUGAAUCACCACCUCCCUAUGAGGCUCUAAACUAGGCCAUCUCCAUAUCCCUGUUCAGGUAUGCCCCUGGCCCUUCAUGCCCCCAACCUGAAAGGGCCACCCAGUCCCUAGCUGUGCUAGC